AGAGUUGUUCGUCCUAUGCAACAGGGAAUUCAAGACUAUUGAACGCUUCAAUGAUAUCCAAGGAUGAGAAACAGGUUGAGCAGAAAAACGUCGUGCCGCAGGUUCACGAAGAGGACGACGUGGAAGAGGAUGACGUUGUAGAUGACACUCCAGGCGCCGGAGAGGAGACAAAGAAAAAGAAGAAGAAGAAGAAGCCUAAGAAGAAGAAGGUGCAACAGUCAGAUCCCCCACGAGUUGGUCUGUCGAAGAUAUUCACGAGUGGUGUCUACCCAGAGGGGGAGUUACAGCCAUACAAGGACGACAACGCAUGGAGGACGACAUCCGAAGAGAAGCGCUACGACGAAAGAAUGGCAAUGGAAGAUCCAGAGAUCACGUACCAGAGCAUCCGUCGUGCCGCCGAAGUUCAUCGGCAGGUCCGACAAAGCGCGCGGAAACAUAUACGCCCCGGGAUGACCAUGACCGAAGUUGCAAACUUCAUCGAAGACGGCAGCCGUGCCCUUGUCGAGGAAACCGGAUUGGAGUCUGGCAUUGGUUUUCCGACUGGACUCAGCUUGAACCAUUGCGCUGCUCAUUACACACCAAAUGCUGGAGACAACAUUGUUCUUCAAAGUGGUGACGUUCUGAAGAUCGAUAUAGGAGUGCACGUAAAAGGACGCAUAGUUGAUUCUGCUUUCACGCUCAAUUUUGAGCCUACUUACGACAAGCUUAUUGAAGCAGUAAAAGCUGCUACUGAUACUGGUGUUAGGGAAUCUGGUAUUGAUGUGCGCUUGGGCGAAAUUGGAGCUGCCAUUCAAGAGACUAUGGAGUCGUACGAGGUUGAGGUCAAUGGAAAGACAUAUCCAGUCAAGUCGAUAGAAAACCUUAGUGGGCAUUCUAUAGGACUUUACCAGAUACAUGGCGGGAAAUCGGUUCAACUUGUGAAGAACGAUGAUCCGACGAAAAUGGAGGAGGGCGAAUAUUUUGCUAUUGAAACCUUCGGCUCGACGGGUCGUGGACGUGUGGUUGAGAGCGGCGAGUGCUCGCAUUACGCAAAAAUCAUCGACGCUCCCCGCGUCCCCCUGAGACUAACUUCUGCCAAGUCACUGCUCAAGUCAAUCAGCAGUAACUUCGGAACUCUUCCAUUUUGCCGACGGUACUUGGAUCGCAUUGGCGAAACCAAAUAUCUACUGGCGCUCAACAAUCUAGUGCAACAAGGAAUUGUUCAAGACUACCCGCCGCUCUGUGAUGCUAAGGGCUCCAUGACCGCGCAAUUCGAGCAUACAAUCCUUCUUCGACCCACCGUUAAAGAGGUUAUCAGUCGAGGCGAUGACUAUUAAGAUUAGUAAGAUACAACUUAUGCACAUCAAUCUUAUUUUCGCUCGUCAACUACCAAGGUCUCUCCAGCCGUUUUUUAGUCCAUGCUGAAAGCCUGACGCAGCCGAAGAGAGGGUGACACUGCUAGUGCACCGGUUCCAGGCGUGUCUGCUAAUUGUGAAGUUUUCUUGAACUCCUCGGACCGCUUGCGUCAAACAUAUUAGCUUUCUGUAGCGUGCGGGCCUUGGGGAGGAACCUUCGUGCCGAUGCAAUCGGCGCUUCAAACCGUGAUUUAUCAUCAUUGAUUGAGUCACGCCGAUUCGGAUCGGUCCGCGAGGGGUGCCCACUCCGCGGAUCACACCGGCGCCGAAGAUUCCGUUUGGGAGUCCAUUUAUGCAGAAACGGCCGGCCGGAGCUUGAAAAUGGCCGAUUGUUUCACCCCUUGUAUGACGCAGCCGCCAUGGGGCGGGCACUUA